AAGAUGAAUAGAGAAAAUGAAGUUAGUCAACCAUCUCUCGUCGGGUCGGGUUAAAGUGACAUAGAGAAAUGCGAAACUUUCAUUAAGAUUGUGCGCUGCACGGUGUCAAGUGCGAUUAUAAGUAACUUUGUGGCAGGGCGCGCGGUGAGAGCGCGGCCCGGUUGCGACCGGUCGGCCCCUCCAGCGGCGUACGCGCACACGCCGCUCUGCGCCGCCGACGUCGCGACGCUCGCUCGCUGCGCACCCGUGUGCGCUACAUACUUACCACCGCGAUUCCCGGAUUUUCUUCGCUAAUGUGUGAAGCCUGACCGACAAGUGAUUCGGAACGUUGUUGAGUGAUAUUCUAAAAUUUACAUUUGGAACAAGAAAUAGGAUUCGUGUCUGAGAGCGGUGUUUGAUAAACAGCGCCGUCGCGCGUUGUACGCGUCAUGGCGGCGGACGUGGUUGGCGACGACUUUGUCACCAUAGUUCCAGUGGGCGAGAGUCGGCCUGCUCCCAAGGAGUUUCCAGAGUCAAGAAGUACUUUUGUCACCGUGCUGACGGUGGGUGCAGCGGCGGGUGCGGCGGAGGUGGUCGUGCGCCGGCCGCGAGGUGCGCGCCUUGGGCUAGGACUCAAGUUUGAAGGAGGAUCCGCUGCAGCGGAAAAGGUCAGAAGACUUCUGGUUCAGUCAUGUGCGGAAGACAGCCCAGCAGCUAACGCUAUCGCACCAUGGGGUAAACUAAUACCGGGUGACGAAAUACUUGCUAUCGAUAGCAUCUCCGUCUCAGAAUUGACUAGAAUAGACUGUGUUCGAAGACUAAAAGAUUCUGACGAAAAACUGACCUUACUCGUACGACACUUUGAAACCACGAAUGAAUCUGAAAAAGAUAAGACAAUUGUGGACUCGAUGGUAUCAGGCAAACAAUCGACAGAAAUAACAAGACCUACAACUUUGCCGCCGCCAGUUCCACCAAGAAAAUUGGGCAAGAAAAACUCAUUUAAAGACAAACAAACUCUUCAAACUGUAGGUGAACAAAAUGGAAUUUUGUGCACUGAUGGACACGACAAAGACAAUAUAAUAAAUGGACAACAGAAUGGAGCAACACCUUAUUUAACAAAAUUAUCAAGAAAAUCUUCUUUUGAUAGUCAUAUACAUCGGCAAGGCAAAGAGGGAAUAGCUUACUUAAAAAGAGGUUCCCCGGAAGAAGUUAGACGCCUUGUGCGUCGUCUGUCCGACGGCAAAACAAUGCCUCCGGAUGCCGAAGUUUACAUAGACUUACUCUCAACAGAAUGGGAGCGAUGUCUAGCACUCGCAGAUGCAGAGUCAGAUGAUACAGGCAGUUCAAUCUCCACGGUAGUUGACCGACUGGGAUCUAUGGCUAACUCUGUAGAAAACAGUAUUCCGUCCACUCCUACUAUGCAACCGAAGACCAUAGAUAUACAGAAAGUCUUAAAUUGCAUUGAAAACAUUGAUUCUAACAUUUUAAACGAUAUAUCAAGUACGAGGUUCCUAGAAAAGGACAAAUUCGAUAUUAAGGAAUCAUCUAAAUUCAACGAUAAAAAUGUAAAUAUCAAAAGUUUAAGUAACCACGAGACUUUGAAACAAAUUACUCUGUUGUCAGAUGAUACGACUACAUCUGUUAAAAAACUUGAGUCUAGUGAUAAAAAUAACAACAACACUAUUCUCCAUACAACUGUAGAACACAGUGAAACCAGUAAGAUGACAGAAAAAACGGAAAUCAAGACUGAAACCAUAGUAGUAGAAAAGCCUAAACCAAUGCCAAGAAAUACAAAAAUUGAGCGUUCUGUGAGUGAAAAGAAGCCAAGACCUAUACCUGUUCCAGAAAUUCCUCCGCCGCCAGUACCGGAACAACUUUUAACACCAACAAAGAAAAAUUGUAUCGAAACAUGGUUGCAAAGAUCCGAGGACGAGAUGAAAAAUAAACCACCUGAAAAAAUGGAAGAGGCUCCACCGCCUGAAGCGUUACCUCGAUUGAUAGACUUUGUUCCCAAGACGCAUUAUAAAGAAUAUGGAACCGACUCGGCGCCAUCACUGCCAAGACCCACCACGGCGCCGCCGCCGCCACCUCCGACAGCGGAUCCUCGGGAGGACGGCUCUGGUGCUUCACUCGACACCAUUGGCGACUUUGACGAGAGCUGUGAUGUCACUGAUAAUGCGAAACCAGCCGUAAUAGAAAACGAAACAAGCGAUCGAAAAGCAACGUUUGACAGCAGCUUUUGGGAAGAUCGGGUCAAUAAAAGCGAUGCCGAAGACAAAAGUCUCUCUAAUGAUGAGACUCCCCUGCCGACGUGCCCUCGGCAGCCACCCGAUGGGGUAGAAACGCCGGCGGACGCCGUGGAGAAUGCUCCCGAGCUUCCGUCACGGCUACCACCCCGACUACCCGCCGGCUGGCCUUCCACGCGCACCCGCUACUCAUACACCUCGAGGACGCAGGAUGCGAGAAGUGAAGCCAGUGUGAAAGACAAGAUAGCUAUGUUUUCAAAUGAUCGUGCUCCUUCAUCAGAUCAAUUGGAUAGCUGUGGGACUUUACCAAAAAAUUUAACAGUCCCCAGAAAAAGCACGACGUCGUACACAAACAGCUACAACGACGUCUUAUCACUGGAUAGACGAUUAACCAAGUCUCAAGAUAAUCUCGAUGAAGUACCAAGGUCGUAUAAAAGACAUUCGGAGCGCCCAGAGGUACUAGGAGCCAUAGAAAGCAAGGUUAGGACGUCGAGUAAGGAAACUGCUCAAACCUUGAGUCCUCGACCAAUGGACAGUAAACCUCUGUUUUAUGGCAGUACAACUACUUUACCAUCGAAUAUAGAAAAAACGUUUAGCCAGCCAGUGUAUCAUGCUCGCAGUAUAAGUGAUGACAAUGGCGACAAAAGUGUACACAAAUCCAACCUAGAAUAUUUAAUUGAACAAAGAAAAAAAUCUUUGUCAAAGCUCAGGGGGUUGGUAAUACCUGAAGUGCAAUCGCCAAUAGUAGAUUUACCUGAAAUUAAAGUGCAGGAUAAUAUAUCGAAAUCGUUUAUAUACAAGUCAAAUGUGAAUACGAGUAUAAGCAAUAAGGAGACCACAACAAGUCACAAGAAGAUAAUUGAUUUAAAUGAAAGUAAUUGGAAAACAAAUCUUUUACCAAAUAAUCUACCCAAGUAUUCACCAGCUUUUAAAAGAAAGUCUUUACAAGUGUAUACACCUUCUUCAUUGUCGAAAGAGUCUACGCCUGAAAGGAAAUUCAACGAAAAAGUCGAUGCUCUUAAUAAGCUUAAUAGUAAAACUUUUGCACCUAGACCUGCUCGGACAACAUCUGAUAUUAAAAAUGGAACGUUACCGGCUAAAUUAUCCAUGAUCAAUCUUAAUAAGGGCUCCAGUACCGACUACAAAUCCAUUUUGAACAAUAAUCGGGAUUACAAAAAUGUCGAAAUAAAAAUAUGUACCGCCACUGAAAUCGUAGAUAGUGAUAAUGAUUCUGCCAUGAGCUCAACACAAUCUAGCUAUCGGUCAUCAGCAUCAUCACCUUUACACAACUUAGACAGCAUAGAGUCCGAUAGCUCUCGCCUCUCACCUAGAAUAUCACAUUAUACAACAUACUCACUAAUAAAAACUGAAAUUCCUGCAAAAUCAGUAAUUUCAGAAAAAACCUGCGAGGAAUACGUUAAACGUAAUGUAUGUCGUUCGGUAUCAUCCGACACAAAUGUUUCACUCAGUUCUUCAGCGGGAUCGGCAGCUACCUCAGGGUCGCAAGCUAGUUGCAGCUCUCUAGAAAGUUCUGUUGCUGACUCAGAUAAAAGAAAAGUUUCGAAAUCCUGUAAUAUGGAUACCAUCAACAGGCGAAAUAUUUUGGCUUCGGCUAAAUGUAGGAGCGGUCGCGAUGCUAAGCUGAAGUCACCCGUAGUGGAAACAAAGUUUUCGCACGAGUCGUUCGAGAAAUCACCCAGCCCAACGUGCAAUGCGUCUGAGCGCCUUUCUACACUCACGUCUUCCGUGAGUGCUAUUUCGAAUAAAGGCGAUAGCAGACGUCGCAAUAAGGUGAUCGCUGAAACUGAUUCUGACAGCGACCAAGAGGUCAACAUGCGACAAAGAAAAGCUGACUUUAAGAAUUCUAGACUUAAGAGAAAUUCGAGUUCAGCGAAUAAAACCAAGUCGAGCGAAGUUGUUGUAGAAACAGCAAAAGUCGAAGAUCCGCCUAUAGUGAUUUCAGAAACCAUAAUUAAAGAAAUAAAAAAAUCGGGCCUUAACAGCUUUAAUAAUGAUAAUAAUAAAGUUCUAAAACAAGUAGAGAAAUCUAGUGUACAAGAUAAGAAACAUGAUAUAAUACCGACUUUGCGAGAAAAGACCACUUUGAAAUCAACAGUUUCACCUUGUUCACUCAACGUUCGAACUAAUCUACCAACGAAAGAAAACCUUAGUUACAAAAUCAGCAAUGGGAAUGGAUUUUUGAGUGAUAAGAGUGAUCUAAGCUCUUUGGAGGAGAGUAAAUUACCGACGCAAAUAGUUCGGCUACAAAAAGGUGUCAGUUCUGGAGUGGGCCUGAUUCUAGCCGGCGGCAUUGACUGCGAAGCGAAAGAUGUCACGGUACACCGAGUUUUAGCAGACAGCGUGGCAGCGAAAGCUGGAUUAACACGAGGAGCGAAGAUUCGCAGCAUUAACCAUUGUAGUAUGGCGGGCUUGACCCACGCGCAAACUGUUGCUAUCCUGAAGGAACAACGUGCGGAGGUUGUAAUAGAACUUGAGAACGAUAUCCCAGAUAACACGAGUAGCGUAACAUGCGGCUCUGACAAUGCGGAGUCGAAGGCUCGUUAUGAGGGCGAGACGGAGAGCGCAGAGCGAGGGUCUGUGGUGACCGUGCUGCUGGACAAGGCCGGCGGCGGCGCCGGGCUCGGCUUCGGCCUGGACGGCGGCCGGGACUCGCCGCAAGGCGACCGCCCAUUGACAGUCAAGAAACUUUUUGCAGGCGGAGCGGCAGCACAAAGUGGAUGUAUUCUAGUCGGUGCUGAACUUCUUUCAGCGGGAGGAACGUCGAUGGAGGGGUUCACGCGUACUCAGGCCUGGGCAGCGCUCAAGGCGCUUCCAGCCGGUCCCGUCACUUUGGUGUUGAGAAACACCGUAAGGAAAUAACCUACAUUUACUUAAACGCCGGAUUAGGCGUAAGAAAAUGAGACUUGUGUGGCCUAUUUAAAUUCACUAUUGGAGUAUUUUGUUGAAAAUAGGCAGUGCGGGGAAAUUGGAAGGCCUUGGGCUGAAUUAAUUAGACGACGCGUGCGCGCGAGAUCCGGUUAGCACUCAGCCUAACGAGAGCCGUUUAUCUGAACGUUUACUGAACGGGAGAAUAAAAAGAUGCUAACCGACACCAUUCAAUUUUGCGAAGUGCGUCGGAUGCGAGGACCCGGCCCGCUCCUUGUACAAACACAAUUUACUCCCUUCAUUUAGUCAGUAGAUUCGAUGUACAUAACGUUGUGCCAAUUUGUCCCUAAACUAAAUGGAAAGAUUACAUUUUAUCGUUUUAGGACCUCUCGAAGACUGUUUCGUUAUUUUAAAAUAUUUAAACUUUAUUGGUUGAAGCUAAUGGGAAUGUACUUGCUAGUCUAGACAGUGGAAUGGCAAGCGGAGAUGCUUAUUGCCUGCUUUUUGGCGCAGUACUUAAAGCUAUAAUUUUUGCAGCAAUCCGAUCUUGUAGUUCUAUUAUGCUUUGGAUCUGAAAUUUACCUAAUCUUUAUCAAAAUGAUACUCGUACGCAAUUUAUAUAGAUUAUACAUACCUAUAUAAAUUGCGUAUCAUAUCAGUCUGGCCCAAAAAAUAAGUUACUAAAAUAACAUUUUCAACACUCAGAUUUGGACUGUAAAUCCAUAGGUCACUGGUUCAAAUCCGGUUCGAAGGACCAUGUAUAUAAUUGUGGCUAUUCUUUGUGUAAUUUGUACUGAUUUAAAUAAAAAUCCGAAAUUUAUAUAAAAGAGCGACUUAUUUUAUUUCCAUGAUAGAUGCGAGUGAUUAAUGCGUGACAUAAUUCUUUUUAGUUAUUCAAAUUCAAAAUUAUGUCAUUAUCAAAGGUUGCAAUCUGAACAGAAUUCCUCCCAUUUCUCUAGAGUUACGAACUUAUCUGGUUGGGCAGACUACAGAUAUGUAUUUAAUACUACGUAUUAAUAUUCAUUCUGGCCUGUCUUUAUUAAAGUUAAAGUUAUUAUACCUAUCCUUCCUAUUCCUCCUGAAUAUGUAAAUUUACUUAUUAUGACUUUAAAAGCCUUUUCACCACACCAGCUGGUAAAGGCUCUCUUGAUUGUUCAAUAACUAAUAAGAAAGUUGCAUUGCAGUUUGCUGGUAGAAUUGACUUUUAUUUAAAGGAUGAUUUGAAUGAUUAAUAUUUAAUAACAUUAAUUUACAAACGAUUUGCAUUUAUUUUGUUUGAUAUUUUACAGUUAGUAUUUUCCUUAUGUUGGUGUGGUGAAAAUUUUUGUGUUUUACUCGGUGGCAAAAUUUGUUUAACUCUCUUGCCUUGAAACCCUCGCAACACUCAAGAUUCCACUUAUAGAACCACUUGCUACGCUCGUGGUUCAAUUUUGGAAUCUUUCGCUUGCUCGGGUAUCAAUAUUAGCACGAGCGGUUAAAAACAACUUUGCCCCCUUGUAAAACUAUUGUGUGUGUUGUGUUUUACAAGGGGGCAAAGUAACUGUUGUUGUUUAACCUCUCGUGCUAAUAUUCACCACCACACCAAGGCGAGGAAAAUACGAACUGUAAAACAUCAAACAAAAUGAAACCAAAUCAAAUCCAAAUGAAUGUUAUUAAAUAUUUAUCAUUCUAAAUCAUCAUUAUAAGUCAAUUCUAUCAGCCAACAAUGAAUAAACUACUCAAAAUUAGCAUCAGAUUACUUUGCCUCACAUGUGUAUAGAAUGCAACUUUCUUAUCAGUUUUUCAAGUAAAAAGAGAUCCUUUCUGAGCUGGUGUGGAGAAAAUAACUAUUGUUAGUAAAAUUCGUUCACUGAUUAGAUUUACUUUAUUCCUAUCCUCCUCAACAUUUUUUACUGUAUUACCUACUCUACAAUAAUAAUAUAUAGCAGUACUUGCCAUGGUCGUUUAGGCUAUUUAAGUCUUACUUUUACCACUAAUUUGUAGCUAUUAGCCUUAGAAUACGUUGUACAUAACUAAGAAUAUACUUAACUACUUGUUGUCAUUAGUAUUUUUCUAAAUAAAUAUUAUGCAAUUUAUUCGUUCUUGUGCAUACACCUCUGUUAGCCCUUCGUCUAUUGUUAAAAAUCUUAAUUGCCUUAUUUAUUGAUUUGAUAACCGUAAGGAAAAGAAUGUUGCAGACCGUUAAUUUAUAUUUUGUACCUAAUUAUGUUAUUAUUUUCUUGUAAUGAUAAUAAUAAUAAACUACUUACUUUCGUC